GAAAUCAUUUGUGAGAAUUUACCCACACCACCCUUUCACCCGAAGGGCAUGAAUCCUCCUGGUUAUUAAAAAAGAAUGAGUUAUGAGUGUCAUGACUCAUGAGAAUUGACAAGCGAUUGUGACACGUUAUCCAUUGCAGGAUAACAUCCCCUGCAAACUGCACAAUUGUCACUCCACCCUUCUCCCACCAACCACAACAUGGAGUCGCGUAUCCUCUCCUCCGGGCCCACCAUCCCUCGCCUCACCAAACCGGCCGGAAGAAUCAACACUAUCGCCGUCUCAUCUCUGGCGACCCUCAACACCACUGGCGGCAACCUAAUUUGGGGAAGACAGCUCCGCCCUAGCUUACUAAACCUAAAUUUCUCGUCUCCGUCACCGUUAGUUUCAACUCCGGCGAAGCGUGCUCGUAAUGUUCUCAAACCGUCUGCUGCUACUGCUAGUGAUUCCGGCGGGGAUGCUGCUCCGGAAAGCUUCUUGGCCAAGAAUCCAUGGCUGACUACCGGAUUCUUCUUCUUCAUGUGGUACUUUCUGAAUGUCAUCUUCAACAUACUCAACAAGAAGAUCUACAACUACUUCCCAUAUCCCUAUUUCGUGUCGGCCAUUCAUUUAGGUGUUGGAGUGGUUUAUUGUCUCGGUAGCUGGACUGUUGGUCUACCCAAACGCGCUCCCAUUGACUCAAACCUUCUGAAGCUUCUUAUUCCUGUGGCCUUUUGUCAUGCUCUAGGCCAUGUCACCAGUAACAUAUCAUUUGCAGCUGUUGCUGUCUCAUUCACCCACACAAUCAAAGCCCUUGAGCCGUUCUUCAACGCUGCUGCUUCUCAAUUUAUUCUCGGACAGUCGAUUCCCAUAACUCUAUGGCUUUCUUUGGCACCUGUUGUUAUUGGUGUAUCGAUGGCCUCCUUGACUGAGCUGUCAUUCAACUGGCUAGGGUUUACCAGUGCCAUGAUUUCCAAUAUCUCCUUCACCUACAGGAGUAUUUACUCAAAGAAAGCAAUGACUGAUAUGGAUAGUACUAACUUGUAUGCCUACAUUUCCAUCAUUGCACUCCUCUUCUGUAUCCCGCCUGCUAUAAUUUUGGAGGGACCUCAACUUAUAAAGCAUGGAUUUAGUGAUGCAAUUGCUAAAGUUGGCCUGACUAAGUUCGUAACUGAUUUGUUUUGGGUCGGAAUGUUCUAUCACCUCUACAAUCAGCUUGCAACCAACACUCUGGAAAGGGUGGCACCUCUUACGCAUGCAGUGGGCAACGUGUUGAAACGAGUGUUUGUGAUUGGGUUCUCAAUCGUCGUGUUUGGUAACAAGAUCUCAACACAAACAGCCAUUGGUACAUCCAUCGCGAUUGCUGGAGUUGCAAUCUACUCCCUCAUCAAGGCCAAGAUAGAAGAAGAGAAACGGGGUCUGAAAAAAACAUGAGGCCGUGCAGAAUGGAAUCGAAGGGACGAGGUGUAUUUAUAUUACUAUGUAUAUUGUUUCUACACGUAGCAAAUUUGCUACAGUUAUGGAGACGUUCUUCUUUGGUUUUUUGCGCCUAUGGGAGUAAACGAAUUUGAAUCUCGUUUAGACAUCAAUAAUGUAUUAUUCUCUCUUUACUACCGAUAUAUUAUACCUACAUAUUGUGGAGUUCUUCUCCUCUGUUGUAAUCUUCAUUAGCAUCAGCUUAUUAACUGAGGGUGAAGUUGGUUGAAUAUUUUCUACUGUAUGAUUAUAAAUAGGGUUGGAUCUCAUGAGUCUUUAUGAAAA